GGGUCGUGGACAUUUCCUUCCCAGCUGCAAACACCGCUCCGGUGUUCCAGGUCACGCACAGUUGAUUAAAAAGACCACCGAAGACAGAUAUUGACUGUCGGACUGAAACACCCUGACUGCCCUGUGGAGUGUUCGCGACUCGCGUCCUUAAAUCGGCAGGAAUUAUCCAGUCUCACUGUCAGGACAGUGGCAGAGGCAGAGCCGUCAGCAGUGAAACCAUCAGGCAGUAGGGCUCCAUGAGCACAGCGGGGCAGCAGCAAGGGGUGGGCCUGCGUUCUCGCCGAGUGCUUGGCCGGGACAAGGACCCUGGUCAAGGCAUGGGCAUGGAGGCGACCUGCUGGCUGGCCCCYGGAGUGCUGCGCAGACUAAUCGAACUUCCCUCUCCCCCUCUGUCUCGACACCAGCUCAAGAGACUGGAGGAGCAUAGGUACAGCAGUGCUGGGCGCUCUCUGCUGGAGCCUUUAAUGCAGAGGUACUGGGAGUGGUUGGUGGCACAGGUUCCUUCCUGGAUUGCUCCCAACCUCAUCACCAUCAUUGGCCUGGCCACCAACGUCUUCACCACGCUUGUACUCGUGUACUAUUGCCCAACUGCCACUGAACAGGCUCCUCUYUGGGCAUACCUUUUGUGUGCUGUGGGUCUUUUUAUCUACCAGUCAUUGGACGCCAUUGAUGGUAAACAGGCCAGACGCACAAAUAGCAGCUCUCCCCUGGGCGAGCUGUUUGACCACGGCUGUGACUCCCUUUCCACAGUGUUUGUGGUGUUGGGAACCAGUAUAGCGGUGCAGCUGGGCACCAAUCCGGACUGGAUGUUCUUCUGCUGCUUUGCUGGGAUGUUCAUGUUCUACUGUGCCCACUGGCAAACAUACGUGUCAGGAACCCUGCGCUUUGGCAUCAUUGAUGUGACUGAGGUGCAAAUCUUCAUUAUAAUUAUGUAUUUGCUGGCCGCCGUGGGAGGAUCUGCUUUUUGGCAGUCACUGAUUCCAGUCCUAAAUAUCCAGAUGAAAAUGAUUCCUGCCAUCGGCACUUUUUUAGGAGCAAUCUUCUCUUGCACAAAUUACUUCAGAGUUAUUUUUACAGGAGGUGUGGGCAAAAAUGGAUCCACAAUAGCUGGAACCAGCGUCCUCUCUCCAGUCCUUCAUAUUGGUUCAGUUAUAGUUUUGGCAGUGAUGAUAUACAAAAAGUCUGCUGUCCGUCUCUUUGAGAAACAUCCAUGUCUUUAUAUCCUGGCGUUUGGCUUCGUAUCGGCUAAAAUCACCAAUAAAUUGGUUGUAGCACAUAUGACGAAAAGUGAGAUGCAUCUUCACGAUUUAGCCUUCCUGGGGCCAGGAUUGCUGUUCCUCGAUCAAUAUUUCAAUAGCUUUAUUGAUGAGUACCUGGUGCUCUGGGUUGCCCUGAUCAUUUCCCUGUUCGACUUGGUGCGUUACUGCGUUAGUGUUUGCAACCAGAUCGCCUGCCAUCUUCACAUUUUCGUUUUCAAAAUCAAGCCCUACGCAGUGUCCGUCUCAGCUGCUCACUGAGGGUACGCCGGCCAUUACUGACUCUGUUCCUCGCAGUUAGUCGCACUCUUUUUUUUUUCCCCCUCAGUUUUUCCACCUGCGGCAGCGGGAGACGACGUGAUGUAAAGUAUGUGCUUCUGCCACCAGAAUGUGAGGACAAAUAAUAUAUAUUAAGUUACUGGAAUAUUACUGUCUUUAUUUUUUAUUAUUAUUUGUUUUUCUUUUCCACCAGUGCAGUUUAAUUUGUACCAGUUUCAUCUUUUGACAAAUUCAAGGUUGCAGAAAACAAAUAUUCAGGAGAGUACAGGUGCUACUUUCACGCAGAGAAACUUAGACGUGUUUUAACUGUUUAGGUGCGAGGAAAUGUUUAAGAAAAUAAUCAAACUCUUUGCUUUUGACAAUUAUAAUUUUUGUAAUAUUUGCAUAAAUUUAAUUUUUGCUAUUGUAAAUACCAAACUGUUGCUUCUCUUAAGUUAGAAGUCCUGCUUUUGACACAUUUAUAUAUAUAAAAAAGUCCACGUAUGACUUCAAAGCAAGUUCAUCUUCUGCACAUUAAUCAAAACUGGGUGGCUUUUUUUAUUAUUAUUAUUUUGUAUCAGCAAAAUAUGAUUUUUGUGGAAACUUAACAGCAACUUUGUUUCACUUUUAUUUAACAUAUCAAAACGUCCUUUUUUUGUAAAUAACUUUAAAAAACUUCACUGCCAGUCUUCUCGAUUUGCACUUUUCUUUCUUUUUCUUUUGCUUUUCAAGUUUUGUUAUACAUUAUGAGCGGUCAGGCGUUAUUUACAUUUAUUUGUAUUGUUGGCACAAAAGGAAGCUUUACUCGAGUGGAAAAGAGCAAUAGAUGUAUUUUAGACACAUUUACUCCAAAAAUACCUUCAGUUUAAAGUCUGUUUACUGGUUUUUGCAUCUUUGCAGAUACAGAGGGGUGGUGUGAAAAAUAAUUUGUGGCCUUUUUGAUUUGUUUGUUCACAUUUUUGCAGCAUGACAGUGUUUUUUUUAAGGAACAACUUAAUCCUAUAACUGAACCCCAUCUGAUGCUUUUAAUCCUUUUUAGUUUGUGUCAGAAGUAUUGUGUGAAAAUACCUAAACAUGUUUCACUUUUAUCACUCGUAUGGUGACUUGUUUAUGGCUAAUGAAUGUCUAAAAGCAGCGCGUCGUGUAUUAUUUGGAUUAAAGCCUCACCGUAGUUUUCUACAGCUGCUUUUAAAGUCUGCAUGUGCGCUCGGAGCAUCUUGAGUUCCUACCAGGGUCAAAUAGAUGCCACCAAUUCUGUUUUGAUAAACUCGUUUCUCUUUUCUUUCAUAGGAUUUCUUUUAUUGGAGAAAAAAGUACAGCCAGAUGCUUAAACGAAAGAUAUGUAUUCAUUCUCGCAGCUAUUUAACUGAACCAUCACUGUGAAACGUCUUCAGUGUUAACCUCCUCAGUAAAACGUUUYCCCCCUCAGACACCAGAACAGGUGUGCAGGAGAAGAGGUCGCGUGACAGCCUCGUGCUUUUCUUUUUUUUAUUUUGUGAAAACUGACAAGAAUCAGAUUAAACUUAAUAAAAAACUUGUUUUUUCGA